AUGGAGCAUCUGGAGAUCCUAGUCCACGCCGCCGAAUCCCGGCGAUUCCAGAUGGCCGAGGUGAGGCAGGAGGAGGAAGGCCGAGACGCCAACUUUGCCAUUGCUCCACACGAGAAGCACCUCGUGGAGGCAGCGUUCGAGGACAUCAAGGAGAAGUUCGAAAACAGCGCGGCGCGCAGGCUCAUCACAGGCUACACCGUGGCCGUGCCCGUUGUCAUUUCUGAAGACACAAGGCUUGGUCUCCACUUCGGCACAUCGACGGAGACCGCGCUUGACAUUGACAAGUCGAAGCCCGGCAUGCCGCCGUUUCCUUGCACGCAGGUACAGCGCGUUGAUGACGACGGCGAGAUAGGUCGUUGGAAUGACCAGCAGAGGGAGUUGGCUGGAAUGGACUCUCCUCUAAGUGGAGACGAGUUCUGCUUGGAUGACUUAGCAGUUGUCGAACCACAGGAAGUCCCGGCAAAUGGUGCCUGCGGCCGAAGCGUAUGGCUGCAGGCCGUUGAGGUCUAUGGCCAGCCGGGCUUUCAGAAGCUAGGAGACCAGGGCUUGAAGCUGCUGCAGGAGGUUCGAUGGCGAGUGGGUGGUCCGAAGUCUGCACGAGCCAGGCUCAUCCUCUACUUCUUCAUCCAAGCCUCCUACCGCUUUCGUUUCAAGGCCCGGGACAUCCAUGGUCAUGCGCUGCACGUCUUGGCGGUGCACGAGGAGGGGCGCGGUGGCUCGCUUCGCCGGUCCUCGGGGCACUUCGCCGCGGCAGGAGGCCUUUUUACCAUCUUGGAGUGGCUUGUAAACUAUGUAGACCUCACCGAGGAAUGUUGGUUCAUCGCGCACAACAAGAUGGGAACCUGCCAGGCGCUUCAUCUGGCCGCUGGUGUGGGCCAUGCGGCCUUCCUGGACUUUCUGGGUGAGGCAGAUGCGGACCUGGAUGCCAAGACCCGCUUUGAUGGCAAGGACAACUACACAGCUCUGCAUGAAGCGGCUUUCUUCAAGCAGUCAGCAGCGGUGAUGAAGCUGCUGAUGAUGCGUGCCGACGUCAACUCUUUAAACAUGAAGGGGCAAACGCCACUACACAUUGCAGCUUCUCAAGGAGGCGCCAUGGAAUGCCGUCUCUUGGUCAAGUAUCAAGCCGACGUCGAAAUCAAGGACAAGGCGCAUUCCACAGCCUUGGAUUCGGCAAUGGAGAGCGGACGCUAUCCGCCCCACAAGCUUUUCCACCUCACCGGACGCGGGUUCAGCGACCUUUUGAAGGUAGCCUUACACAGUCCAUCGGCAACGACUCACCUCCUCAAAGAUGUGACCGAGAACAAGCACGCGGCUCAGCAUCAGUGA